GCGGUUCUUGGGGGCUGUCACUGUCUCCAUCAUCUGCGGCCAUUCUUAUGGGAAAUUUUUACUAUGCCAAAGGUGGUAACAGCAAAUGGAUGGAAAAGAUGUUCAAUCAGCCCGAGUCCCUGUUCUAAUUCCUUUUGUUCUUUUCCUUCUCACAACGAAGCAAAUCCAUAAGUGAAGUGCUUAACAUCGCCUCCAACAUAACCAAACCUCACAGCCAGCUUCCUUGUUAGCCUCACGAUGGAUUUAUUCAAUCUUGACCAUCCAUUGCCUCGUUAUCAUAUCCUUAAUUUUAUUGGUUAAGUUCGUUUAUUGGCCAUGCUCCUGAAAUACUUGGUUUUAUAAAAUAGCUUCCCUUCCUCUCUUACCCGUUCUUGUUCGCUCCGCGGAUAUGUUUUCUGAACCUGAAUCAACCGCUAGGGUAAGGGCAUAGCCUCAGUGGCCACUAUGGAGGGCUUGAUCGGCCUCCUCAAUUGAAUUCAGAUAGCUUGUACGACUCUCGCCUCCCGGCGAUUACGGUGGUGACUCUGCUUUCCUAUUCCUUGGGAGGCACUGCCCUCGGCCGCCGUCGUCGCUGCGGCCAUGUUCGCUUUUAUUUUACUAUUAUGAACAAGACAGUCUAUUCACGUUCUAGACCGUCCUGCCGUGCUCUGUUUUUGUCAUCUUUGGCUAUAUGUGUAAGUUUUUAAUAUGAGCAAGAAUUCACUUCCUCUGUUUUGACAUGCGUUGACACGGAGUGUAGAGUCCUGGAAAGUCGCUGGUACUAGCAAGUGUUAGAACAGAGAGAACAUAACAGAUAGGCAAAAGAGUCCAUCAUAUCUUCUGCCCGGAGAUUAGCCUGGCAGCCAACCAUCUCUGUGCCAGCGAACGAGAAAUUGACCAAGGCCAAGGGACACUCUUAAAAGGGCAACUUACCCGAAUGCUGCUUUUCUCAGGGCUGCUUCAUAUUUCACUGUUAUUCAUAAAAAAUUUCUUGCUAUUUCCCUUUCAUGGAGAUAGUUCGCGAGCAGCAGAUGCAAAUUACAGGUGACGGGAAAGAGCAGAGUUCUCACAGGGACAUGGAUGUCACUCGACAACCUCGUCGUUCAAUAUUCAGAGAAUACAGACGGUGGUCCUUAGUGUCCCUCUACAUAGUCUGUCUUCUGGUAGGCCAAUCUGCAGCAACUCUUUUGGGAAAUUUUUACUACGACAAAGGUGGUAAUAGCAAAUGGAUGGCAACAUUCGUUCAAUCAGCUGGAUUCCCGAUUCUGAUUCCCCUCCUUUUUUAUUUCUCACAACGAAGCAAACCCAGGAAUAACAUGCUUAACAUUGCCUCCUCCAAAACAGAACCAAGUAUUUUCAUUUUUGCCCUCCUCUACCUGGCUUUUGGCCUACUUUUGACAGGUGACAACCUCAUGUAUUCCUAUGGGCUUCUUUAUCUCCCUGUUUCCACCUAUUCUCUUCUAUGUGCUACCCAAUUGGCCUUCAAUGCACUAUUCUCAUUCCUACUCAAUUCCCAAAAGUUCACACCUCCCAUACUGAACUCCUUGGUUCUCCUAACCAUAUCAGCUUCCCUUCUUGCGGUCAAUGCUGAUUCCCUCGACUCAAAGGGCUUAUCGAAAGCAAAGUAUAUAAUUGGGUUCUUAAGUACACUUUGUGCAUCUGCUGCAUUUUCUUUGUAUCUCUCCCUUGUACAGCUUUCCUUUGAGAAAGUUAUAAAAGCAGAGACCUUCUCUUCUGUGUUGAAUAUGCAGUUCUACCCAAACUUGGUCAGUACAUGUGGUUGCGUAGUGGGAUUGGUUGCAAGUGGAGAAUGGAAAACUCUGAGCCAGGAGAUGAAGGAAUACCAAACAGGGAGGGUGUCUUACAUAAUGACUCUUGUCUGGACAGCUGUGACGUGGCAGAUUUCCACCAUGGGAAUGCUGGGGCUGAUCUUUGAGGUGUCGUCUUUAUUUUCAAAUGUAAUAGGUACCGUGUCGUUGCCUGUUGUUCCCAUUCUGUCCGUUGUUUUCUUCCACGACAAGAUCAAUGGGGUGAAGGUGGUAUCCUUGCUGUUAGCUUUGUGGGGGUUCACUUCUUACAUUUAUCAACAUUAUCUCGAUGACCGAAAAGUCAAGGCGGCUAAAAGAGACAGUGUUGAAGUUCCAAAUGUUCACGCGGAAUUUUGUUGAUUGAACGGGGAUCUCCUCCCGCAUUUUUAAUUUACCUCAAUGAAUGUUUUUUUAGUGAUCAAAA